AUGCUUGCCUUCGUAACUGUCGGGUCCACUCGUUUCGAUUCAUUGAUAUCCGCUAUCUUCACAAAAACAGUUCUGUUGAGCUUUCGCACCAAGGGUUAUACGAACCUUGUCGUGCAAUGUGGCAACUCUGCGUUUGAGUUUUCUACGGCUAUCCAGGACAAUCAAACUCAUAGGAUGGAAAGGGCUGGGGUUGACAUUGAAUUUUAUAAGUUCAAACCAUCUUUACAAGAAGAUUACGAAAAAGCAGAUCUCGUCGUGAGCCAUGCUGGUUCCGGUACAAUCCUGGACGUCCGCCGAAUGGGCAAACCUAUGAUAGUGGUUCCAAAUCCUACUCUUCUCGACAACCAUCAAGAAGAACUUGCUUUAGCUUUGCAAGAAAUGGGUUAUCUUAAAUCAACGAGUGUCGAAAAUUUGGCGAAGACCAUUAAUGAUUUCGAUCCGUCUGACGUCAAACCAUUUCCUGCAUUUGAUGGAAGCCGGUUUGCAAGAAUUAUGGAUGAAGAAAUGGUUCAAGUUUUUGUUUCAAGCCUCCAUCAUCUCAACAUGACUCUCCGUGCUUUAGAAGCAGCAAAGGUAGAAGGAGAUCCUCAGACCUAUGAAGACCAGAAUGUUCACGCAAUUUAUAAUGAAAUUGCCUCCCAUUUUUCCUCUACGCGAUAUAAGCCAUGGCCCAUAAUUGCUGCUUUUCUUCAGAGUUUAACUACGGGAUCCAUUGGCCUUGAUUCUGGAACUGGCAACGGAAAAUAUCUGCCUUUACCUCUUGACCGUCCGGGAGAUAUCUGGACGAUUGGUCUUGAUCGGAGUAAAAAUCUUCUAGGUAUUGCAAGGACAGCAGGAAAUGCCAAUAUUUUUCGUGAAGUAGUGUUGGGGAAUGUCCUCGACAAUCCAUGGAGAAAGGGGAUUUUUGACUACGCGAUAUCGAUUGCCACUAUUCACCACCUUGCAACCCACGAAAGAAGGCGAAUGGCCGUUCAGUGUUUAAUACAAUCAACUUCGCCUGUGCAUGGACGUCUACUGAUCUAUGUGUGGGCAAUCGAACAAGACGAACUUUCCAAGAGGAAGGUCGUCGCGGAUGAGGAGAUACUUUCAUCUUCGGGAAAAGAUGUCAUCGUUCCUUGGGUACUGUCAAAUAAUCCUCAAACACAAACUUCGCCUCAAGUGUUCAAUCGAUACUAUCAUAUGUUCGCCAAGGGAGAGCUGUCUGGCCUUGUGUUAGAAGCUGCUGCAGAGUUGGGUUUGCAGGUAGGGCAAAAGCCCCCACAAGGCGAAAAGGAUACGCAAGGGAUUGAGAUUGUACAGGAUGGGUGGGAGCGAUCCAAUUAUUAUGUUGAACUGCAGCGAUGGCAAAUAUGA